CUGCGCUCGACGACGCCACAUCCUCCGUUCAGCGCUCCUGGAGAUGAGUUCAAGGAACAGUUCACCGACGGGCUGAUAGGAGAUCAUUGAUGGCCGAUGGCUGCAGGCGCUGUACUGCUUGUUGCCGCCGUGGUGUUCAUACACGGCGCCGACUCUGGCACACCUCCAAAAUUCAUAAAAGCAGCUUAUGGAGUUCAGAAGGCGUUGUAUGCUAAGGACUAUGGCUACUCAUUGGUGCCAAUCCCACCGCGUAUCCUGAAGCAGGCCUUCCCUCCCAAGAACCUUCCUCUGGUAGGUCCUGUCCCGGAGAUCAGCAGACAGGGCCGAGCUCUCAAGUACUAUAGAGGUCGCAGCUCCUCCAGGCGUAGAAGAAAGCGCCCCACCAGCUACAGGAAGAGGCCGUCGUCAUAUGGAGUUCCCGUGUACGCUACCAAGUACAAAAACUACAUCCCCUCGAGGAGGCCACCACAUAUCUCGCCUUACAGCAGGUACAAGAAAAAGAGGAGACCCUACAGAGGACCUCCCAGGAGACCCACGACGUACAGAGAAGUCCCUCCGGAGUUUGACGAUUACGAACAAGAAAUCCCGACUGACGACUACGACGAAUACGACCACAGAGAUGAAGACUACCCUUACUUCGACAUACCCUCCAAGAGGCUACCUCUGGAGUACGAUAAGGAGUUUCUGAAUCGUCACGCGGACUUGUACAAUCGCGGGUAUAACCCUGGAGUGCCUAGAGGACGACCGAAGGACGUGAUCGGACAAUACACCGACCAUGUCAGGACCAGAGUGCGUUACCAGCCGCAGAAGGAAGAGCACCACGAACAUCACGAACACCACGUGGAACACCCUGAAAAGCACGAAGAAUCCCAGGAGAAUUUGUGGCCUGGAGAGGUGUCCAACGUGCACACGAAUCUGUGGCAAGACUCGGCUAGCCACUCGGAUGCGAUCUCCUGGGGGGAGGAGUCCCACACACCACCACCCUCUUGGCAUGAACAGUCGAACGAGUGGAACAACCCGCGUCCCCCUCGUCAAGACAACCAGUGGCAAGUGUACCAACCACAGCAACACCAGAACCAACAGCAGCAGACGUUGCAGACGCAGCACUUCCAGUGGCCUCCGAGACCUACCAGAGCGCAGGACCUUCGGGCGUGGACGACGUCGUUGAGACCCAAGCCUCAAGCGGCUGCGGUCAACCAUCCUUCCAGACCUGUAGUAUCUAGAGAGCAGGAGACUCAGAGCACUAGACAGGUGUACAACUGGGACCCGGUCUCUCACACCUACCAGCUGGUGGAGUCAGACACUAGACCCAAGUAUCAGUCGCACUACUCGGAACAGGACUUCCGUUACAGCACGCUCGACAGGAAGUCCACCGAGAGCAAGAGGAGCCACCGGGCCUACAGCGAGCCGGACAUCGGGUACGGCCAAGGUAUGGAAGUGAUCGACGACGGGGUUGCAGGGUGGAAGGUGAAGAAGUGAGGGAUACGAACAAGAGAACAGUUGAAAACGGGUUUAGUUAUAUAUUAUUUUACUCUUUUUGGCCAGGUUGUAUAUUUAUUUUAUGGGUUAACUAUCCCAAUAAUCUAAUAUAAGUUUCAUUUACUACGCAAAGCACACAUUACUGCCUUAAAUGUACAUAGUCUUAAUACGUUAGUACAAUUAUAGCUUAUAUCUGUAAGUAAAUCUAAUGUGUCAAUGCAAAUUGUGUAUAGGACAAGUAUUGAUGAUGUAUAUACCUUUUAGUCUAAGCCUCGUUGUUCACUACUUGUAGAUAUUUCCGUAUAUUACGAUGCACUAUUUCUGUAACUAUUAACCGUCAGUUUUGAAAAUUAUUGAACAGUUUCUUUGUAGGAAAUUGUUUUAAUAGAGAAUUAUCACACUUUUGUUUAGUUUCGAGUACCUAUUUUAUUUAUUUUUCUCUUUUCCGUGACCUUUCACCCUUGUUUUGCUUUUGUUAUGUUUUUGUUUUGCUUGUUUAUUGUUUAUUUUGUUAAACCGUUUCACCGGUACUAUUAGGCCUAGAUAUGUUAUUUUUCUAGAGUAGUUUUAGUUCGUUGUUAUUAUUUAUAGUAAAACAUUGUAAACCAAAGCUGUACAUAUUAUUUAUACUUGUUAAUAAAUGAUUUACGUUUG